AUGGGCCUGGAGCUCUACCUAGACCUGCUGUCUGCGUCGUGCCGCGCUGUCUACAUCUUCGCCAGGAAGAACGGCAUCCCUUUCGACUUCCAGUUUGUGGAUCUGCUGAAAGGUCACCACCACAGCAAGGAGUACAUUGAGAUCAACCCCCCGAGGAAGCUGCCCAGUCUCAAAGAUGGAAAAUUUGUCUUAUCCGAAAGUGUGGCCAUCCUUUUCUACCUGUGCCGCAAGUACAGUGCGCCCUCGCACUGGUACCCGCCAGACCUGCACACGCGCGCCUGUGUGGACAAGUUCAUGGCCUGGCAACACACAGCCAUUCAGCUGCCCAUGAACAAGAUACUCUGGAUCAAGCUGCUGAUCCCGAUGAUCACGGGUGAGGAAGUUCCAGCUGAGAAGACAGAGCAGAUGCUGGCAGAGGUGAAGAACAACUUGAAGCUCUUCGAGGAAAAGUUUCUGCAGGAGAAGAUGUUCGUCACCGGGGACAACAUCUCCCUGGCCGACUUGGUAGCCCUGGUGGAGAUGAUGCAGCCCAUGGCGGGCAACAAUAACAUCUUCCUCAAUAGCUCCAAGCUGGCCGAGUGGCGCGUGAGGGUGGAGCUGGCCAUCGGCUCCGGCCUCUUCUGGGAGGCCCACGACCGGCUGGUGAAGUUGGCGGAGUGGGACUGCUCCACGCUGGAUCCGAUGGUCAAGGAGAGGAUCUGCGAUUUGCUGCAGAAGUUCAAGUAG